AUGGAGAGAUAUUGUGUGCUCAUCGCCACGUUCAUGCUGAUACUUCAUCUUGUUCAAGCUCAAAAUCCAACCGGACUCAUCAAUGUGGGUUGUGGUUUAUCCACUCGCGAGCCUCCUUACCGCGCACCCGGAACCGGUUUUACAUAUACAUCAGACACCGGUUUAGUUAACAGUGGUGAAACCGGUAAAAUCGCCAGGGAAUUUGAAGCGAACUACUCCAGGCCGUUUCUGACGCUGAGAUAUUUUCCGGAAGGAGUACGUAACUGCUACAGUCUAAAUGUCAGCCGCGGCACCAAAUAUCUGAUCAAGGCCAAAUUUGUAUAUGGAAACUACAAUGAUCAAAACAUCGGUCCAGACUUUGACCUUUACCUGGGUCCGAAUUUAUGGACAACGGUGACUAAAAAUGACAGUAUACAGGAGAUCAUCCACGUAACAAGAUCCGAUUCUCUACAGGUAUGUCUUGUUAAUACGGGGAAUAGUAUACCUUUCAUAAAUGUCUUGGAGCUACGACCGUUGCCAAAAUCUGCGUACGUUGCUCAGAGCGGCUCACUGAAAUUCUUAUUCAGGAGGUAUCUUAGCAAUUCAGGCCGUACUAUACGGUAUCCAGAUGAUAUCUAUGACCGUGAAUGGCACGCACUGUUCUUGGAGAACACAUGGGCACAAGUAACAACGACUCUGAAUGUAGACGUUACUAAUAGUGAUGAAGUACCACAAGAUGUCCUAGCAGCGGGCGCAACACCUCUAAACGAUACAGAGACAUUGAAGAUUAACUGGGAUUUAGAGCCUCCUACUUCAAAGUUUCACUUCAACAUGUACUUUGCUGAGCUUCAGACUCUAAAGGCCAACGAGACAAGAGAGUUCAAUGUGACACUGAAUGGGAAAAUUAUAUAUGGACCUUAUAGUCCUGUACUGCUAAAAACCGAUCCUGUACUCAAGAGAGAACCAUUUGAAUGCGCUGAUGGGGCAUGUCUUUUGGAGCUUGUGAAGACGUCGAAAUCGACUCUUCCACCUCUACUUAAUGCUAUCGAGGCUUUCACCGUGAUGGAUUUCCCUCAAAUGGAGACAUUUGAAGAUGACGUUAUUGGUAUCAAGAAGGUUCAAGAUGCUUAUGUAUUGAAUAGAACUAAUUGGCAAGGAGAUCCAUGCGUCCCUAAACAGUUUUUGUGGGACGGUCUAGGCUGCAAGUACUCAGAUAUUUCUACUCCACCACUAAUCACUUCUUUAGACUUGUCUUCAAGUGGAUUAAGUGGGAACAUCUCGCAAGCCCUUCAAAAUCUUAUGCACCUGGAAGUACUGGUCUUGUCAAAUAACAGUUUGACUGGAGAAAUACCUGCAUUUCUAGCUGACAUGAAAUCACUCAUGGUCAUAGUCUUGAGUGAUAAUAAUUUAUCUGGCUCUGUUCCUCGCUCACUUAUUGAGAAGAAAGGACUGAUGUUACAUGUCAACAACAAUCCUCAUCUUAGUUGCACAACUGGUUCAUGUGUAAACGAAGGAGAGAAUGUACCACGUAAGAAAAAGAGUAUCAUAGUACCAGUGGUUGCAUCAAUAGCUACAAUAGCUGUUCUUAUAGGUGCAUUAGUCCUGUUCCUUGUUCUCAGAAAGAAAAAAAAGGCAUCAAAAGUUAAAGGGCCACAACCAUCUUAUAUGCAAGCAUCAGAUGCUAGAUUGUCUCAGCCAAAGAAUAGAAGGUUUACUUACUCAGAAGUUAUAACGAUGACAAAUAACUUCCAAAGAGUCCUUGGGAAAGGAGGUUUUGGAAUCGUUUAUCAUGGUUUUGUGAACGGCACAGAACAAGUAGCUGUUAAGUUGCUCUCCCAUUCAUCAUCUCAAGGAUAUAAAGAAUUCAAAGCUGAGGUAGAACUUCUUCUUAGAGUUCAUCACAAGAAUUUGGUCAGUCUUGUUGGAUACUGUGACGAAGGAGAUAACUUGGCUCUCAUUUAUGAAUACAUGUCCAACGGAGAUUUAAAGGAACAUAUGUCAGGAAAACGUAACCACUUUAUAUUAAAUUGGGGAACUCGACUAAAAAUAGUCAUCGAAUCUGCACAAGGACUUGAGUAUUUGCAUAAUGGAUGCAAACCACCAAUGGUUCAUAGAGACGUCAAACCCACAAAUAUAUUGUUGAAUGAACACUUUGAGGCCAUACUUGCUGAUUUUGGUCUUUCGAGGUCAUUUCCAAUCGAUGGUGAUACUCAUGUGUCAACGGUUGUUGCUGGAACUCCCGGAUAUCUUGAUCCCGAGUACUACAGAACAAACUGGCUGACAGAGAAGAGUGAUGUUUAUAGUUUUGGGAUUGUAUUGUUGGAGAUGAUCACAAACCGACCUGUGAUCGACCAAAGCCGUGAAAAGCCACAUAUAGCAGAAUGGGUGGGGUUAAUGCUUACAAAAGGAGACAUCAAAAGCAUUAUGGAUCCUAGUCUCAAUGGAGAUUAUCAUUCUGGUUCUGUUUGGAAAGCUGUUGAACUAGCAAUGUCUUGUCUUCAUCCUUCUUCAGCAAGAAGACCGACAAUGUCUCAUGUUGUUAUUGCGUUAAACGAGUGUCUUGCAGCUGAAAACUCAAGGGGAGGAGCGAGUAGGGACAUGGACUCGAAGAGUUCUAUAGACGUGAGCUUGACCUAUGGGACUGAAGUAACCCCAAUGGCUCGAUAG